UCCUCAUUCUCAAGUGUGAUCCCUUAUUUGGGAUUCAGUGUAGCUACAGAUCCCUUUCAGCAAGAUCUUGUGUGUGGCUGGCACAUUUCUGGCACCCCAUUAAUUAGCAGGUUGUAAGAUGUCCCAAGAGUAAGGAUCACACUGUAACCAAGGCAUCCAUAAGUGUGGGAAGAGAGAGAUUUUUUAGCAGCUUUGCUGGAAAGCUUUUUGCUUUUUCUGCCUUUUUUUUAUAAUUUUAUUUUUUCCUCCUAGUAUUGGAUUUUCUCUGGGAUACCUGUCGCACCAAGCAAGAAUUUCUCAUCAUUUCCUCUUUAGUAAAUUCAGUUGCUUAACACUGGUGCUGUGCUUUUAAUGGAAUGCUUAUAGCUGGUUCUUUUUGUCAGACUUACUUGUAACCCUCUAUUCAUACUGCAACGAAGGCUCUAGAAAUUCAGUUUUUAGGGGCACUGUACUAAAUCAGUUGAUGGUAAAAUAAUCAGCUCAAUAUUCACCAGGAAUCAAAAAGGGGUAGGUUUCUUUCCCAGCACAGAAGCAAACUAUAAUGAUGCAGUUUACCAACAUUACUAGGCUUAUGCUUAUGGUUAAGAUAACUAGGAAGCUCCUUGCCAAAGGCUGUUGCAGCUGUUUGGAUGAAGGUCUCAAAGAUGUCAGAGAAAAAUCCUGUUGGUGUUUUAAAGUACAGAAAUGGAGUCAGAGUUGUUUCCCAGAAGAACGGCUGGCAGGAGAUAAUGGCAGAUCCUUCAGUGGUGGAUCACCUGACACGACUGAAACUCAAACUCCUAGAAAAGAGACUAGAAAAUGAACAGGAGAACCUAGAGAAGAUGGAGAUGUCUCUCCCAGCAGCAAGGAACAGACCUCAGGACAUGCUCCAAAGUGCCCUGAGGCAAAGGAAAGAUCUGCUGCAGGAGCUUAGGGAGCAGCACCUUCUGGAAGAGCUUUCACAGCCAUCUGCACCAGCUGGGGGACACUGCCAUGACCACAGAGCUGCCCUCCCACAAGUCUACCAGAUCCCUUUCCCAGCUUCCCAAGUGGAGCCACCAAGGAUUAUCCAGCAGGCAAUGCCAACUCAGCCUGCCACCAUCAUCCAGCAGUUGCCCCAGCCAUCCCCUCUGGUCACGCAGCUUCUGCCAGCCCAGCCCUCUGCAGCCCCCGGCCCUGGGAGCAUUAAAGAAGAUAUGGUGGAGAUGAUGCUGAUCCAGAAUGCUCAGAUGCACCAGAUCAUGAUGCAAAACAUGAUGCUGAAGGCUCUGCCACCGACGGUGCUCACCCAGCUUGGGGGAGCCAGCUGUGCCCUGCCCCAGCACACGCAGCAGGACCUGCAGCUCGCUGCUCCCCUGGCCAUGAAAGCAGACAGGCCCAAGCCACCUGUGGUGCACCACCAUCAUCAUUACCCUCCCACAGAGGUGUUCCCAGUGACCCCCAGAGGUUUCCUGUCCACAUCCCCAGCACAGCACUGGACUGCAGGCUCUGCCCAGCCUAUGUGGCCCACAUACUGACAAUACAGGAUCCUCUGCAAGUGGACCAUAGCCUUUCUAAAAACAAUAAAAUCCUGAUGUUCUUCCUCA